GUGACAGAUUUUUUCUCAGGCCUAGGGCAGAGAAUCAGCCAUUGAGCUGGCCAAAAUGAUGCUUUUCGGGUUUUGGUAGUUUUUGAAAAAUGCAGUUUUCCAUUUCCCUCCACACAUCCCUUAUCCUCUUGCAUAUCUCUCUGUUUCCAUUCUUCCUCGCCUUCAAGAUCAAAAUGAAACCCAUCAACAGAAUCCUUAAACCCACCCCCAGCUUCAUUAAAGCAGAGUAAUUUUUUUGGGAUUUUACGAUGGCUACCAAAUUGGCUUUCAGUUUGUCAUCCCCACGAUUCUCCACUCCUCCCAUAAGCAAGCCUUCCCUUUCUUCAUCGUCUUCCAAGGUUCACCCGAUUCAGUCCAUCAGCGGAAGAAGAAAUGCUUGCCUGCGGAGAAGGAUUGUCUUGGUUCCAGUCAAGGCCACUGCUGAUCAGCAAGGUCAGGUGCAAGAAGAUGAAGUAGUGGACAGCAAGAUUCUGAAUUACUGCAGCAUAGAACAGAAGGACAAGAAGUCAAUCGGAGAAAUGGAGCAGGAUUUUCUUCAAGCACUACAAUCAUUUUACUAUGAAGGAAAAGCGAUAAUGUCUAAUGAGGAAUUCGACAAUCUCAAGGAAGAACUAAUGUGGGAAGGAAGCAGUGUCGUUAUGCUAUCUGCUGAUGAGCAGAGGUUCUUGGAAGCGUCUAUGGCAUAUGUGGCUGGGAACCCAAUUAUGAACGACAAAGAAUUCGAUAACCUAAAACUGAAGUUGAAGACAGAAGGAAGUGACAUUGUUGUUGAAGGUCCAAGAUGCAGUCUUCGCAGCAGAAAGGUCUACAGUGACCUCAAUGUGGACUACCUCAAAAUGCUCCUUCUGAAUGUCCCGGCUACUGUUGUCGCACUUGGCUUAUUUUUCUUCUUGGAUGAUGUGACUGGCUUUGAGAUCACAUACCUUCUGGAACUUCCUGAGCCAUUCAGUUUCAUCUUCACCUGGUUUGCUGCUGUCCCUCUCAUAGUCUGGUCAGCUCUAACCCUGACAAACGCAAUCAUCAAGGAUUUCACCAUCCUCAAGGGCCCUUGCCCAAACUGUGGCACUGAGAACGGGUCUUUCUUUGGGAGCAUACUUUCCAUUUCCAGUGGCGGCACUACCAACAACCUCAAAUGCUCCAAUUGUGGAACUCCAAUGAUCUAUGAUGCCAACACGCGGUUGAUCACUCUACCAGAUUGAAGCCUGGUUUGAGAUGGUAAAUGUGCUCUCUUCUUUUAAACCUUGCCUCUUCAUCCAUUCUAUUUGUAUUUGCGAGACUAUGAACCGAUGUAUCGAUAUUGUUUGUAGGACCGUGCAUGGUUGGUUAAAAGGAAACAUGAUGCCUAGGGUGGAGAGUUUUGAAGCAACAGGAAGUGGAAAGGGAAACUGAAUUUCACAUUGGAAAAUAGGUUGUAUAGUGAGGCAUUGAGGGGAUCUGUUGAGGUUUUUGUUGCCAAAAUGGAUUCGAUCAUAAUGAAGUCUGACUUCAAUGUCUAUAAUGGUACUUUAUAAGGCUGUACCUUUGUAAAUUUGUCUAUACCCAUCUGUCAGCUAUAGUCCCUCAUAUUCACCUAGGUAGUUGAAGCCGAGCUACACCGCGGCACAAGGUCAGAGUCUUUGUUGGUCUCUCUGAUCAUUUGCCGGUGGCUAGCAUGAAUAGUGACUUGAGCAAAUGGGUAUGGACGUAUGGUAACUUGAAACAGAGAAAACGAAAGUUACCAAUUCAGCAGCAUGACUGCCGUAAGCAGUGUACUCUACACCUUGAGUAGAUUAAGAAGCUUUUCUUUAAAAUUCUGUAGAUGAAGAUGCAAACCACUUGCUCUGAAGUGUAAACCAGAAUUAAAUAAAUUGUUUCCCA